UUGUUUUUUUUCCCUUUCAGUAGGCUGGGUUGUUGGACAGGUUUUAAUAGGUGGGGCAAAACUAGGCGUGUGCAAUUCAGUGUCUGCAGUCAAAAGCAGCUUUUAUAUCCGUGCUGCUGCCACAUUUCUGCUUUACCCAAGUCUGGUUUCAGCUGCCUGCCGUCCCAACUUUCAUCCAACUAAAAUGGCAGACGAAUUUAACCUAACUGAUGCCAUACCAGGACAAACCAGUGCCGGCGGGCAGCAAAACCAAUCGCAAGGUCAGAACUGGAAUAAUCCAUGGGGAGGUCCUGGACAGCCAUACCCAGGAGGAUACCCAGCACCAGGGCCAGGACAGCAGUUCCCUCAAGGCGGACAGCAGUUCCCUCAAGGCGGACAGCAGUUCCCUCAAGGCGGACAGCAGUUCCCUCAAGGCGGACAGCAGUACCCAGGAUUUCCUCAAGGUGGACAGCAGUUUCCAGGGGGAUUUCCACCUGCAGGCGCAGGGGGAUUUCCACCUGCAGGCGCAGGGGGAUUUCCACCUGCAGGCGCAGGGGGAUUUCCACCUGCAGGCGCAGGGGGAUUUCCCUCUGCAGGCGCAGGGGGAUUUCCUGGAUUUCCAGGCCUCCCAGCACCAGGGCAGCAAUACCCAGGUGCUCCUGUGCCCGGGCAACCUGACCCAAAAACAGCAGGUCAGACAGGUCCAACUCCAUCAGCUCCUUUCCCAUCAGCUCCUUUCCCAUCAGCUCCUGCUGGCCCACUGAAUUUACCACAUACGAUACCCAUGCCAUCUGGAAUUAUGCCUGGCAUGGUGCUGAAUGUUCAAGGUGUGGUGAGCAAUAAUUGCAAAAGGUGGAGUAUUGAUUUUAAAAACAACGAUAAUAUUGUUUUCCAUUGCAAUCCACGUUUCGAUGAACGCCCGGAUGUAAUAGUGCGCAAUUCAAUGCUCCAAGGUCAAUGGGGAGCUGAAGAGCGUGCAGCGCCCAAGUUUCCAUUUAAGAAAGGAACCCCAUUCACGCUUCAAAUCUAUGUUGAACCAGAACAAUAUCGCGUAGCUGUCAACAAUGAAAACCUCUUCCAGUUUAAGCACCGAAACCGAGAUUUCCAAAUGACUAAAGCCGUGGUCAUUGCUGGAGACAUCACCUUAAAAAGUGCUACUGUAGGCAUGAUGUAAUCUCUUCACAAACCGCAGUCACGGAAUCAUGUGAAAAAUGUCACUUUGCUUCACUUUUUUUUAUAUAUGAAGACUAUUUGUGUAUAUUGGAAAAGCACAUUUAAUAUAAACCAAUAAAAUGUAACCUAUAGAGGUGUCAAACUUUAA